GCCCAGGCCAGCCGCGGCUCAGACGCCGCCGGAGGAGCUGCUGCGAGAAAGGGCCCGGCGGGUGGCGGCUGUGCUGCGCCUCGGGGAGCUGCCGCGGGGCCGAGUCGCCGCUGCCAGCCGGAGAGUGAGGGGCGGGGAUCGAGCGACGACGACGAUGAGCCCCCCGCCCGGGCUCGACUGAAGCGGCCGCCGCUGGUCCGGGGAAGCUGCGGCCAGUUGCCGGACUCGCCGCCUCGGUCUCCGGCGGCGCGCGGGAAUGCUGGCGGCGGCCCGGUGAGAAGCGCUGCUUGGGCGACCAGUCCGGAGCUAUUGUCAGGAACUGCUGCUGCCUGAGUCGAUGGCGUACACCGUAAGCCCAGCUUCUUCUGUGCCCGUGGGGCCCCAGUACUGCGUCUGCAAAGUGGAAUUGUCUGUGUGCGGUCAAAAUCUUCUGGAUAGAGAUGUGACUUCUAAAUCCGACCCCUUCUGUGUCUUAUUUGUGGAGGUGAAUGGGAAAUGGACAGAGAUCGACAGGACAGAAACAGCUGUGAACAACCUCAACCCAGCCUUCUCCAAGAAGUUCAUCGUCGAGUACCGCUUUGAGGAAGUUCAGAAGCUGAAAUUUGCUUUGUUUGACCAAGACAAGUCGAGUAUGCAGCUUUAUGAACACGACUUUCUGGGGGAGUUUUCCUGCACCUUGGGAACGAUUGUCUCCAGCAAAAAGAUGACAAGAGCCCUCCUUCUGGGAAAUGGGAAACCUGCUGGAAAGGGAAUGAUUACGAUAGCAGCCCAAGAACUAUCAGAUAAUCGUGUGAUCACGCUCAGCAUGGCUGGCAGAAAGCUGGAUAAAAAGGACUUGUUUGGAAAAUCAGACCCAUUUUUAGAGUUUUAUAAACCAGGGGAUGAUGGGAAAUGGAUGCUGGUCCACCGAACAGAGGUUAUUAAAUAUACGCUGGAUCCCGUGUGGAAGCCGUUCACUGUGCCUUUAAUAUCGCUGUGCGAUGGGGAUAUUGAAAAACAGAUCAAGGUUGUGUGUUAUGAUUAUGAUAACGACGGGGGCCAUGACUUCAUUGGGGAGUUCCAGACCUCUGUCACUAAGAUGUGUGAAGCCCAAGAUGCCUUUGUGGUAGAAUUUGAGUGCAUUAACCCCAAAAAGCAGAAGAAGAAACGGAGCUAUAAGAACUCCGGCAUCAUCGUAGUGAAAUCCUGCAAAAUCACCAGAGAUUAUUCCUUCCUGGACUACAUCCUUGGGGGCUGCCAGCUAAUGUUUACGGUCGGAGUUGACUUCACGGCAUCCAACGGGAAUCCCCGGGACCCCACCUCUUUACACUACAUUAACCCCAUGGGAACAAACGAAUACCUUUCAGCCAUUUGGGCCGUGGGGCAGAUCAUCCAGGACUAUGACACAGAUAAAAUGUUUCCUGCCUUGGGAUUUGGUGCCCAGUUGCCACCAGACUGGAAGGUUUCUCAUGAGUUUGCCAUUAACUUCAACCCUACCAACCCAUUCUGCCUUGGUGUGGAGGGCAUCGUCCAAGCCUACUCCAGCUGCCUGCCUCACAUACGUUUUUACGGACCAACCAACUUCUCCCCCAUCAUUAAUCACGUGGCUCGGUUUGCAGCCCAGGCGACCCAACAGGAGUCGGCAACUGUGAGUGUUCUCUCCCUUUUGACUUUGUUGUUUUCGGAAGACCUGGAAUAA